AAUACAUAGCCGACGUUCAACAUGUAUUCUCCACGUGGUGAUGGUGUUUCCUUAUGGCCACGUAAAUAAAUAGGCUGCGCCGUGUAAUUACAUUUUCAAAUAGGCUAAAGUAGGCUAAGGGUAUUUAUCUGCUACUGAUUUAUCAUUAUCAAGCCUGAAGUCGUUCAAACCGAAGAAAUGGAAAAGGAGCGAAAAUCCUCCAAACAAUAUGGGUCUUUGGAACGAAGCAAAUUGGAUGGAAAAGCUGAUAAGAAGGCAGAGGAAGACAUUGUCUCAAUGGCGGACUCCACCAUCACUAUAGAUCACAUUGAAGGGGAGCUUUUCAGAAUCGAGCGGAUACGUGAUGUUCUAGUACGGAGGGAAUCAGAACUAAGAUACAUGAUGGACGACAUUCAGCUUUGCAAGGAAAUCACACGGCUGAAAAAAGAACUUCAGAAGCUGGUGUCUGUUUCAGACACAGACAAAUCCAACGAGGACCGGCAGAGGGAGGAGGAGUUGCUGCAGCAGAUCCACAAGCUGGUAGAGACCAGGGACUUCCUGGUGGAUGACGUGGAGUUUGAGAGGCUCAGGGAGAGAGAGGAGGACAAAGAAAUGGCAGAUUUCUUGCAGUCUAAAUUCUCAAAGACCUCAAAGAAAAAAGAUGUCACAGAGGACCGAAGGAUGACCUCCAAAGCCCAGCAGACUUCGUCCACUCCCUUCGUCACCAAAACUGGUCUCACCCUUCUGAAGGAGUGUUGCGGCUUCACAUGCUCUGUCAUGUAGACUCCCUGCCCUGUGGAGAGACGGAGACACGUUGUUGGUUUCUGGAUGGGGUUAUUUGUGUUGAGUGGGCAGACAGAGCUCUCAUACUUCGACUAUAACCCUAAACAUAUGUACAGUGACGGUUGGGACUGUGUUCCCAUCAAUUAAUGUAUUGCUGGGUCAUUGCACCAAUUUAGUGCAUUUUGAGAAGUGUAACAAAAAAAACUUUAGAUUUCAGCAAAUUUUUACAUUCUGUAAUAUAUAUAUGUCAUAUAUAUGACUGAGUCAAAUAGGCUAUAGAUAUGUCAUAUAUAUGACUGAGUCAAAUAGGCUAUAGAUAUGUCAUAUAUAUGACUGAGUCAAAUAGGCUAUAUAUAUGUCAUACAUAUGACUGAGUCAGAUAGGCUAUAGAUAUGUCAUAUAUAUGACUGAGUCAAAUAGGCUAUAGAUAUGUCAUAUAUAUGACUGAGUCAAAUAGGCUAUAGAUAUGUCAUAUAUAUGACUGAGUCAAAUAGGCUAUAUAUAUGUCAUACAUAUGACUGAGUCAGAUAGGCUAUAGAUAUGUCAUAUAUAUGACUGAGUCAAAUAGGCUAUAGAUAUGUCAUAUAUAUGACUGAGUCAAAUAGGCUAUAGAUAUGUCAUAUAUAUGACUGAGUCAAAUAGGCUAUAUACAGUGGGGAGAACAAGUAUUUGAUACACUGCUGAUUUUGCAGGUUAUCUUACUUACAAAGCAUG